AAUACCAACGGAUCACACAGACACAACACAAGUCACUAGUAGCUCCUCAAAUUUUGAAAUGAACUCAUCCUCUCUCUCCUUUUCUCAAACAUACAGAGAUAUGGAUUUGUUGGAUUCUUCUUCGAUUUCUAAAGUCAGGGUCGUCCUUAGGGUUCGUCCUUUUCUUCCCCGGGACGAGGGGCGAUCGUGCGUUUCCGUAAUCAACAGCGAUGACGGAGAGGCUAGCGAAGUGACUGUUCACCUCAAAGAUCCAGAGAGCUGUCGUAACGAAAGCUAUCAGCUGGAUGCGUUUUACGGGAGAGAUGAUGAUAAUGUGAAGCAGAUCUUCGAUAGAGAAUUAAGCCCUUUGAUUCCUGGGAUCUUUCAAGGCUUCAACGCCACCGUGCUUGCUUAUGGAGCCACCGGAAGCGGAAAGACGUUUACGAUGCAGGGAAUUGAUGAGCUACCAGGUCUGAUGCCAUUGACCAUGUCCUACAUUCUGUCUAUGUGCGAGAAGACAGGAAGUAGAGCAGAUAUUUCAUAUUAUGAAGUUUACAUGGACAGAUGUUGGGAUCUCUUAGAAGUUAAAGCCAAUGAGAUUGCUAUUUGGGAUGAUAAAAAUGGACAAGUUCAUCUUAAGGGACUUUCUAGUGUCCCUGUUAACUCCAUGCCUGAGUUUCACGAGGCAUACUCGUGUGGCGUUCAGCGGAGGAAAGUUGCACACACUGGUUUAAAUGAUGUCUCUAGUCGAAGUCAUGGAGUGCUUGUGAUCUCAGUAACCUCUCAAGGGGAUGUCACUGGAAAAAUCAAUUUGAUUGACCUGGCAGGUAACGAAGAUAAUAGAAGGACAGGCAGUGAAGGAAUCCGUCUUCAAGAGAGUGCCAAGAUUAAUCAGUCAUUAUUUGCUUUGUCCAAUGUGGUUUAUGCACUGAAUAAUAACCUGCCAAGAGUUCCUUACAGGGAAAGCAAAUUGACUAGAAUACUGCAGGAUUCACUUGGAGGAACAAGUAGGGCUCUCAUGGUCGCAUGUCUGAAUCCUGGAGAAUACCAAGAAUCUCUUCGCACUGUUAGCCUGGCUGCAAGGUCAAGGCACAUUUCAAACAAUAUUUCUUUGAAUCCCAAGGUAGAGACCCCCAAGGUUAAGAUAGAUAUGGGAGCAAAACUGCAAGCUUGGCUUGAAUCAAAAGGCAAGACGAAGAGCGUGCAUAGAAUGAUGGCAAUACGGUCUCCAUUGAUGGGUACAAACCAGACUUCAAUUUCUCAAAGCUCAGUCAAGAAACUCGGAUGUCAAAGAUCAACCAUUGCAGAAAGUGCUAAACUUGAUGGCAAAGGAGAGAGGGACGCAUUUGUGACCGCAAGGAACUUAUUUGGUGGGGAAACUCAUGCUGCUUCACAUUUAUGGGAACCAAUACAGAAUCUGCACUUAGCUUCUCCAACCAAAGGAGAUGAGAGAGACACAUCUGCCAAAGAGAAUCUGUUGGUAUCAGAAGCAAGCUUGAGAGAUAACUCACUCGGGCUCGAAAAGGAAUACACAGAACUGAGUCCUUUUCGAGAAGCUCUGUCUCCAGUAGACUCAAAUGCACCAAAAUCAGCAGAUGCAAGCUCUCCCAUUCUCAAGCCAAUGACUCCAAAAACACCUUUUAUUUAUGCAAAUGCUGAGAAUAUGCAAAUGGAAGGCACUUACCAGAAAUUCAAUGCUUGGAGCACUAAUUUAAAGACCUCUCUCAUAAAAGAGUACAUUCACUUCUUGAACACAGCCAACAGAAAGGAGCUAAGGGAAUUAAAGGGAAUUGGACAGAAGAUGGCUGAGUACAUUAUUGAACUCAGAGAAACAAGCCCUUUAAAAUCGCUUACAGACUUAGAGAAGAUCGGUUUCACCUCAAGACAGGUACAUAACCUAUUCAAGAAAGCCACUGAAGGAAUUCUUGAGAAGCCAGUUACUGCUUCAACAACACCUUAGUUGUUGUCUCUAGCAAACAAACAACACUUGUGUAUUAUUAGUUCUGUCUCGUGUAAUUUCAUUAUUGUCUGUUCUUGUUUGUUUAACUUUAUAACCAGAGAGACAUGGACUUGAAUCUUAA